UAAGCUACAUGGUGGCGUAGAUAAGGAGAGAGAGAGAUCAAUCAGCAACCGAAGAAAAAAUCGAAACCCUAACUCGACCUUAACGCCGCCAUGACUAAGAAGAGGAAGCUCGAAGCGCAACUCAGCGAGGCUUCUGAACCGUCGCAGAAGCAGAUCGCAAUUAACAAUCAGGUUAAACAAGAAGUUGAAUACGAGGAAGUAGAUGAAGAGCACGAAGAGGAAGUCGAAGAUGACGACGAUAAUGAUGAUGAGGAGGAAAAUGAGAAUCGAAUGGUGGUGGCGGCGACGUCUGGAUCUGGGAAUCAAGGCGGCGAUGACGACGACGACGAGCCGAUUCAAGAUCUGUUGGAGCCGUUUUCGAAGGAACAGCUGCUGAAUCUUCUCAAAGAAGCUGCGGAGAAGCAUCACGAUGUGGCCAAUGGAAUCCGCGAAGUGGCUGACGAGGAUCCCGUUCAUCGGAAGAUCUUCGUGCACGGACUUGGAUGGGACACCAAAACCGAGACGCUGAUCGAAGCUUUCAAGGAGUACGGAGAGAUCGAAGAUUGCAAGGCCGUCUUUGAUAAGGUCUCGGGGAAAUCCAAAGGAUACGGAUUUAUUCUGUUUAAGUCUAGAUCAGGUGCUCGCAACGCGCUUAAGCAGCCUCAGAAGAAGAUUGGGAGUCGUAUGACAGCGUGUCAGUUAGCUUCUAAAGGACCAGUCUUUGGAGGAAACAACCCUGUAGCUGCUGCAGGUGCCUCUAUUGCUCCAGCUCAGCAUUCGAACUCUGAGCACACGCAGAAGAAGAUCUAUGUUAGUAACGUUGGUGCAGAGCUGGAUCCUCAGAAGCUACUAGCGUUUUUCUCGAAGUUUGGGGAGAUUGAGGAAGGUCCUUUGGGUCUUGAUAAGUAUACUGGGAGACCUAAAGGCUUCUGUCUCUUUGUGUAUAAGUCAGCUGAAAGCGCCAAGAAGGCUUUAGAGGAGCCACACAAGAGCUUUGAGGGCCACAUCUUGCAUUGCCAGAAGGCUAUCGAUGGUCCUAAACCUGGCAAACCGCAACAGUUUAACAGCAAUCCUCGUUUCCAGAGGAAUGAUAACAGUGGUGGUUACGGUACUCCUGCUGGUCAUGGACAUCUCAUGGCUGGUAACCAAGCCGGGAUGGGUGCUCCAGUUCAAGCGAUGAACCCAGCCAUUGGGCAGGCCUUGACAGCAUUGUUAGCAUCGCAGGGAGGUUUGGCGUUUAACCCAGCUAUUGGUCAGGCUUUGUUGGGUUCUCUGGGGGCAGCUGGAGGUGUUAACCCAGGGGCUGGAGUUGGAAUGCCAACUGGUUAUGGAACUCAACCUAUGACACCUGGGAGUAUUCCUGGGUACGGUGGACAGCCUGGGCUGCAGGGUGGCUAUCAGACCCCUCCACCUGGGCAGGGUGGUACAGGAAGAGGGCAACAUGGUGUCGGGCAUUACACUCCUUACAUGGGCCAGUAGAUGUAUCAUGUAGCAACUCAGGGAUGACACAGUACAGUCACCUGGUUCGGAGGGAAGACAUAUCCCUCUCUCCUGUCCAGUUUGGAAGCUGAAGCUGCUGCUGUACGGGCAAUGACUGUCUUAGAUAGUCUUGUUUUUGGAAAGAUGUGGCUCGGAGAGUGAUUCCAAGGUCUUGUGAUGCAGGCUGUACAAGAUCCCAUCAAGCCAAGACUACAAAAGCCUCACAAGAUACAUUCUAGAGCUUUGGCGAAAUUUGAAGCCUCCUUCCCUAUUCGCAUUGCAUUAUUAGGUUGUUGUAUCCCAUCUUGGUUGAGUCAAAUGAUUGAAAGGAAAAGAAACUAUGUUUGUUCUCAGCUUCAACAUAGCUGCGGAAUUGUAUGCAACUUCAAAAGCUGUAUUAAAAGGCAGUUCCACGACA